AGAUUCAGACUGGACUGUCGGCGAAUCUGUGCAGGGUUCUGAUUACGGGACACGAAGCUACUUUUAACUGGGUGGAACAUUUUGCGAAAAGUUCGUGAAAAUUGUAGGCUAAAAUCAGAUGUAUCUUCUGUAGAGACGAGUUAGAACACGGUCGACGGUAUUUAGAGUUUGCGGGUAGUAGAUUUAAUUUGGAGGGGGCAGUCAAUCCGAACAAAGAAGCGAAAUGAAGGCGUUUGGCGUGUGGAACAUUGUUCUGCUUCAGCUGGCGUUGGUCCUGCUGGUUCAGGAAGUUUCGGCCGGUAGAGAUUUUUACAAAAUUUUGAACAUCCGAAAGUCGGCCAACAAGAAUGAGAUCAAGAAGGCAUACCGGAAACUAGCGAAGGAGCUCCACCCGGACAAGAACAAGGACGAUCCGGACGCGGCGGAAAAGUUCCAGGACCUGGGCGCGGCCUACGAGGUCCUGGCCGACGAUGACAAACGCAAGCUGUACGACCGGUGCGGCGAGGAGUGCGUCAAGAAGGAGGGCAUGAUGGACAACACGGAUCCGUUUGCGCACUUUUUCGGCGACUUUGGGUUCGGUUUCGGCGGCCAGGAACAGCGGGAAACGCCCCGGGGAGCGAACAUCGUGAUGGAUUUGUUCGUGACGCUCGAGGAGCUGUACAACGGAAACUUUGUGGAAAUCACGCGCAACAAACCGGUGAUGAAGGCCGCGUCGGGCACGAGGAAGUGCAACUGCCGGCAGGAGAUGGUCACGAGGAACUUGGGUCCGGGCCGGUUCCAGAUGAUGCAGCAGACGGUGUGCGACGAGUGUCCGAACGUGAAGUUGGUGAACGAGGAACGCACGAUCGAGAUCGAAAUCGAGCAGGGCAUGGAGGACGGACAGGAGACGAAGUUCUCUGGGGAAGGUGAGCCGCACAUCGAUGGCGAGCCGGGAGAUUUGGUGCUGAAGAUUCGGACGGUGCCGCACCAGAGAUUUGAACGGCGGGGCGAUGAUCUGUACACGAACGUGACAAUCAGUUUGCAGGAUGCUCUGGUUGGCUUCACGCUGGACAUUGACCAUCUGGACGGCCACAAGGUGCCGAUCACGCGGGAGAAGGUGACCUGGCCGGGCGCUCGAAUCCGCAAGAACGGCGAAGGAAUGCCCAACUACGAGAACAACAACCUGCGGGGUACGCUGUACAUUACGUUCGACGUGGAGUUCCCCAAGACGCAGCUCGGCGAUACGGAGAAAGAAGACAUCAAAAACCUGCUCAACCAGGCGUCCGUCAAUCGGGUGUACAACGGGCUACGAUUCUCGUAAGUGCCCGCGGACGGGUAGACCCGCCACUCGUGGCAGGUGGUCGUCACCGAACAAGAAGACUUUAGCAACACUUUUUUUUUGAAAUCCUAGUAUAAACAAUUAACACGGUCGAAGCGGGACCCAUUUAGCUGAACUUGAUCCUAAUUUAUUGACACAAAUUGGCACCGGAUGCGGUCAUCGAACGGUCCGUGUCGAUGCUCAGAUGGAGGCUUCUGCCUCAUUAAAUUACUAUGUAGACACGUCCAAUAAAAGCACAGUUGAGCGAACUAUUCACCGGGAAUAUGCACUUUGGUUAGCGAUUUAAUUAGCGUUCAAUCCAUAGACAAGUAAAGUUAAACAUUCGUAGCUGACAGUUUUGUUCUGUGGCUGAAUAACUUCUUUGUAAAUACGUGCUUUAGACUAAAGAAAUCUGAAGGUAACGAAAUACAUCAUAUGAAAUUUUGAAGUGAGA